CUUACGGGACCUGGGCUACGUCUUCGUGAACUUGGAUGACUGCUGGAUGGCAAGAAAUCGAAGCGCAGAAGGUGGCUUGGUGGAGGACCCCGUCAAGUUUCCGUCGGGUAUCAAAGGGUUGGGGGACUACUUGCACGCGUUGGGGUUCAAAUUUGGCAUCUACAGCAGCGCCGGCUCCGCGACCUGUGAGGGGUUUCCGGCGUCCUUGGGGAUGGAGGGAAGGGACG